UGGAUAGACACAUUGCUGGGGAUACCACCUCUGCUCUCUGGGAGACCCAGCGCACCACCAUGCCCCGGGGAUUCGCCUGGCUGCGCUAUCUCGGGAUCCUCCUGGGCAUGGCCUUGGGGAACGAGGGUUUGGAGGUGUGGCCCUUAACCCGGAGCGAGGAGUGUGCCAUCACUGGCUUUCUGCGGGACAAGCUGCAGUACCGGAACCGCCUUCAGUACAUGAAACACUACUUCCCCAUCAACUACAGGGUCAGUGUGCCGUAUGAGGGGGUACUCCGAGUGGCCAACGUCACCAGGCUGCAGAGGGCCCGGGUGAGCCAACAGGAGCUGCGGUAUCUGUGGGUCUUGGUGAGUCUCAGUGCUACUGAGUGGGUGCAGGAGGUGCUGCUCGAGGGCCAUCCAUCCUGGAAGUACCUGGAGGAGGUACACACGCUGCUGCUGGAUGUCAAACAAGACCUCCCGGGUGUGGAGGUCAGCCCCCAGGUGGAAGCAGUGUUUUCCCUCCUGAGUGCCCCAGGAAGCCUGAAGCUGGUGCGGCCCAAAGCUCUGCUGGACAACUGCUUGCGGGUCAUGGAACUGUUGUACUGCUCUUGCUGUAAACAAAGCUCUGUCCUAAACUGGCAGGAUUGUGAGGUGCCAAGGCCUCAGCCUCACAGCCCGGAGCCCUCGUCACAGUGUGUGGCUGCCCAGCCGUACCCCCUGCGCCAGCAGCCCCCCGCCUCCCUGCCCCACCACCCGGCAUCCACGGCUGGAGCCCCGGCUCAGUGAAGCUGCUGAGGGCACAGGGCGAAGGCCUCCUGCCCUAAGUAGCCUGCAUGGUAACUGGGUGGGGCAGCUGGAGGAGCUCCUGCAGGAGAUGGACUGGGCCUGAGGCUUCUCUGGGUGGUGGUGGGGAGCCCCUCUUGGGAGAGGAGACCCUAGAGGGGUAUUUCUCCUUUGAGGGGGACUCAGUGCCUGAGAAGGCUUCAGCUUCCCGCCUUCCAUACCUCCCAUGGUCUCACCUGGAGUAGUGGGUGCUGGGGGGCACCUGAAGGUCAAUGAAGACAGAGCCUACGGCCCCUCUUGGCACUGCCCGGGCUGCCCCCUUCCCUGAGUGCAGGGCUGACCGCCUCCUAAGCCCAAAGAGGUGAGAGCUGUACCAGGUGGGCAUGGGGGAAGGGACACGACUCAGCAAGGCCAGGGAGAGGGCAGCAAAUCUCGGGAGAGGGCAUAGCCAAAUGCCACAUCUUGCCACAGUCCCCUUUAUUUUUUGUAUUAAACACCUGCUUUGUUUUGGUU